AUGGCUAACUUCAUUACUAGUGGCAGCGGUGGCCCGAGAGAAUCACUUGUUGAACGGCAAGCAAAGAUCAAUGCUGCAUGUUCUUCAUUCAUCCAAAUCGGUUUCCGUCCCGAGUUGUUUAGCCUCAACAAUCUCCAUAACCACGGCUACACCGAUACUAAAUUCCUGGAGCUUAUCCAACCUAUUUCUUUCAUCCCAGAUCUCUGCGCUUUAAGAUCUUUUUUCAAUAUAGCUCGUGAAUCAGUGUAUUAUCCUUCCGCCACACCUCCGAAUGGAUUCUUCAAUUUCGUCAACUGUAUCAACUGGAUGAAAAGUGAGUUGUCAGCAAAAAUGCAAAAGGAGGGAAUGUCAGUAGUUGCCUUAGCAAGAAUACUUUUUGAUUAUGCUGCUCCUCUUACGCAAGUACGCAAACGCAUUCAGAGCGAGAUCCACGAAUUAAAGGAGCGUCAAAUGGAGCUGGAAGCACAAUCUGCAAGAAUCAGUGCUGACUUGAAGUUAAAGUUAGGUCCUCUUUAUGGAUAUGAAGAGCCUUCCAUAGCUGAAAUGAGAGUUGGGUCUUAUCUGCUUUAUGUAAAGGAUUGUAUAUAUAGGGGGAUAACUGCCACCCCAAAAUUUGAUGAGAUGGCAUGUGCGAAUUUAGUGGAUGUGUUUGGUGGGGCUAUGAAGGAGCGUCACUUGAUUAAGUUCUUGAAUGAUCCUGUUAGGAAAAAGCGCAUUGAAACUUACUUUAAUAGCAUACGGUUUAAGGGUUUAGCUGCUAUGGAUGGUAAUGGUUAUCAGAACUUUGAAGUUGCUGACUCUCUUGAGGAUCUUUAA